AUGCCUGAAGAGGAGCUCAAGGGCGGGGCAGCUAUCUCUCCGGGAUGGCUCGGCGUCGUCAAGCGUCUCAACUUCGUCCCUGCAAGCUUCCGCGGUCCAGCCUCUGGCGGCUGCAGUACCAGAAUGGUGUUGGUGAUGUAUGCUUGGUGGACGAAGCGCCCAAGAGAUGGGUUUGUCAAACAGGGCUCGGAGAUUGGAGGUGAGAGAGGAGGCUGA